UUAACAGUGAACGCGCGCCUGCGCAUACGUUUAACAUGGGCGUUCAUGGUUUGUGGAAGCUGAUAGAACCUUCAGGAAAAGUUGUCCCGUUGGAUACUCUGGAAGGAAAGGUUUUGGCUGUCGAUGUAUCAAUAUGGUUGCACCAAGCAAUAAAGGGCUACCAAGAUUCAAAAGGAUCACCAAUGCCAAAUGCUCAUUUACUUACCGUGUACAAUAGAGUGUGCAAACUUUUAUAUUUUCGAAUUAAACCAGUAUUUGUUUUUGAUGGUGGUGUACCAGCUCUAAAGAGAGAAACAAUUGCUAAGAGAAACCAACUAAAAUCAAAAAAUCAAUCUGAAGCCAACAAAAUCCAAAAGCAAUUAAUCAACACUCUUUUAAAACAUUCAGCUGUUACAAAAGUACUCUCAGAGAAAACAAAAGCUGAAUUAGGUUCACAAGCAAGAAAAAUAACCACCACAAAAAAUGAUACUGAUGAUGAUUUAUUUGUUCUACCUCCCUCACAAACCACAUACGAAUCUUCAGAUUCCUAUGAUGAAUCAUAUGAUGAAACAAGUGGUACAUCAGACUCCAGUCCGACGAAAUAUUUCAACAUUCAUGAUGUGGAUGAAAAGUCUAUACAAUUUAGAAAUUUACCGGCGGAUGUGCGUCAUGAAAUCUUAACAGAUUUGAAAGAAACGCGUAAACAGAAUUCAUGGGGUAGAAUUCAUGAACUUCCUAAACAGUCGGAUGAUUUUGCAACGUAUCAAAUGAAACGUUUGUUAAAACGAUUCUCGAUUCAAUCUUGCUUGGAAGAAGCAGAGAAAGAAAUGGGCGGUGCAACUCUAUCUCUCAAUGAAUUGGAAUCUUUGUUGAAUGACCACGGUGUUAUUACGGAAAAUAAGGGUAAUAGAAUUGCAAGCGAUGAAAAUACUAGAUAUCUGUAUAUUAAAGAUGUAAAAAAAACUUUGGAAAGUACCAAAAUAAAGGAGUUGAAAGAUAUCGAAAAGAAUAAACUGCAAGAUGAAACGUCAGAGGCUGCCUUCAAACAAGAUUUGGAAACUGCUAUUCAGUUAUCAACUAUUACAGAGGAAGGUGAACAAGAGGCCACAACUUUAUCUAAUGUGGAAAAAUCUAUUCUAAGUGAAGAAACUAGUUUAGGAGAACACAAUGAAAGUAAAGAUGCCGAAUUGGACCGUGAUUUGGAAGCAGCUAUUCAAUUAUCAUUACAAUCUGAAGAUAAACCUUCCGUUGAACUUUCAAAAUCAACUGAAGACUUAUCAGGUGAUAUUGAUUUUCAAAAGGAUUUGGCAGCUGCAAUUAAAUUGUCUUUGCAAGAAACACCGUCAACAUCCUCAUCAGUAAACGAAAUUAUUUUGCCAUCGACUUCUCAACAAUCUCCAAGAUCUCAAGAAGUGGUAUGUGAUGAAAUUAGCUCUAGUGAUACAACACCAAUGUCGUCUCAAGAUAUGUUGAAUCCAGAUUUGGAAUUCUCGAAUUAUUUGGAGACUUUACGAGACUCUGAUUUUAACUCAUCAGAUGAUGAAGUCAAGCUUGAUGAUAGUCUUAAAGAGGGACAGAAAGCAGCGGAUAAAAUAUUUUCAGCCGCACGGAACUACAUGAUGGAGUAUGGAGGAUUAACACAAGCUGGUGUUGAAGAAAUAUUUGGUCAGAAUGAACAACUAAAUACAAGACCGAAAAUCAAAGGAAAAUCUGUUAAAUUUCAUUCAAAUCUUAUAGCGGUUGCUCAAGGAAAAGAAACAUGCGUUCAAACAAUUGAACCUGUUUGUACAACCGAAAAUGCUAAGAUUCCGGACAAAGAAAUUGAUGUUGGAGUUAUGUCACAUUCAGAUACAAGUUCGGAUGACGAUUUUGUUGAAGUAGCUGCUGAAAACGCUGAUGUUGCUGAUGAUUUAAAAGAUAGUAAGUCGGAAACAAAGUCGAUAUUACCAGGAUUACAAAUAGAGUUUAAUACUAAGGACGACUUGGUUGAUGAUAUAUUCAGUGAUAUCUUUGCUACUGAACCUUCAGUCACUAAAAAUAUUGUAUCUUCUGAAAAGCCUCCUGAAGCUGAAUUAUCAUUGUCGCAAAAAUCUGAUGUUAAUACGUCGCAAAAAUCUGAUGUCAAUACAUCAGUAGAUGUAGAUACUACAAUUGAUGAUUUUGAUACUCAAAAGGCAAUUGAGGAAUCAAUCAACUCCAAUGUUGAACAGAAUAUACCAGAAAAAUGUAGUACAUCAACUUUAUUACAGGAAUUAGUUCCACGUACAUCUUCAUCAGUAUCAGGAAAUGUUAGUGUUGAGUCUUUACUAAAAUUGAAAAGUACUUUGAAUCAAGCUUCUGUACAACUAAGGGCUAAUCGUGGAACCCAAGAGCGUCUAGCGGGAAAUAUAUCAGAUCAAAUGUAUCAAGAAACGCAAGAUUUAUUAACCUUGUUUGGAAUUCCUUACAUCAUCGCACCGAUGGAGGCGGAAGCACAAUGUGCCUUUUUGAACGAGAUUAGUUUGACUGAUGGAACAAUCACUGACGAUAGUGAUAUUUGGUUGUUUGGAGGUAAAACAGUUUACAAGAACUUUUUCAAUCAUGACAAACAAGUCUUGGAGUUUAGGUCUGAGAGUAUUCAACAUCAUUUCAAAUUAAAUCGUCAUCAAUUAAUUUCGUUGGCAAUGCUCGUGGGUAGUGAUUAUACAACAGGAAUUCAAGGAAUCGGCCCUGUUACAGCUCUUGAAGUUCUUGCAGCAUUCCCAUCUAAGAGUGAUUUUGAAAUAAUUUCAUCGUUAGAACAGUUUCGUGAUUGGUUGAAAACCGGAAAGAAAGCGUACGGACGUGGCAAAGCUUUCCUUAGAAAUAAAUUGAGGAAUAUUGAGUUACACGAUGGUUUUCCUUCUUCAAGUGUUUUAAAAGCGUAUCUUGAGCCUACUGUAGAAACUUCGAAGGAUACGUUUACAUGGGGCAAGCCGCGUGUUGAGGCGUUAAUAAAUUACACCAGAGAUAAAUUCGGGUGGAAUGCAAAGAAGGUGACAGAUACUUUGGACCCUGUUUUGAAGCGUUUAAAUGGCAAUACUUCUCAGAAAAGAAUUCAAGAUUACUUCAAAACUGUCUACAAAGCACCCUUGAAUACUUCAGUUGAUAUUCAACAAAAGUUGAGUAAACGCGUGCAAAAAGCAUUGGGAAAUAUUGGCCAAGAAGUUGUUCCAUCUUCAAGUGAUGAAGAUAUGACUGGGAUAAAAGAUGCCGAUGAAUUAGAGGCAUUAGGAGUAUUGAAAAAAACCAAAAAGUUGUCUAAACAAAAGAAUAAAGCCAUACAGCAAGAGGUGGACACUAAAUUGGAACUUUUAAAUAAAAACAGUUUGGAAACUAAGCCGGGUAGAGAGGAACUUGUGGUGAAGAAGCCACGAUUGGCGAAUUUACAUCGAAAAGAAGUUAUUCCUCAACGUGAAUUGGCUAAAACAAAUCAACUUCAGAACAAAAUGAAAGCAAUUGAAAUGUUUAGAAAGUCAAGAAAAGGUCCUGGUUUUGUUAAGAAACGCACCAAAGUUACGAGAAAACCCAAAGAAGAUGCAGAACUAUCAGAAAGUGAUAGUGAUUAAUUAAUAUUGUCAGUAUUAUGUUGUUAUUUUGUGUAUUUAUAAAUUUUUAAUAUGA